AUGGUGGACAGCUUCAACCUGCUGGCCACUUUCCUCACUCUUUUGGUAGUUCCUCUAGUGGACGCUCAGAGCAUCACCAAGCAACGGCUGCAACGCCAUGCCGGUGGGACUGCAGCUUCGUCCAAAAAGUCAAGCUGCAUACUGAACCCGCGGCUGGUGAACCUGCCGUCCCAGCGCCACAAAUACCGCCUCGAGCAGCAAAGCACCCACGAUUACAGAGUUGAUCGCCAUCCCAGUCGGGGUCUUAUUCAGAAGCCGCUCGCUCGAGCUCCAUUAAAUGUCCGCCUUAAUAACGCGUCGACGAGCGCCGCCAUUGGUGGCUUCUAUCAAAAUGGCUCGGUAACUGAGGAGAAUCUUCUAUGGAUUUUAACAAAUGUGCUACUUGUCGUGGAAGAUGGGCACCCUUGGUCAAUUUGGCGCAGAGAUCCAAAUAACCAAUGA